GCUCGUCAACUUGUAAUCGACAAGCGCUCAGCACAUCAUUUCCUCUCACAGGUUUCUACUACUUCAUUGCUCGAAUUUCUACAUAUUGUCGUCUUCGCCCACUUGCGCUCUUCAGCUUCAUCCUCCCUGUGUUCCUAACAGUCCUCGCCGUGUAACUUGAUUGUGGUACCAUAGUAUGGCGGACGAUGUAGAACAUUGUCGAGCGGCUUUGGAGAGAUGUCCCCCCGGUCAUCCUGAUCGACCGUUUUCCCUCCACCACCUUGCCGUCAGCCUUCGAGACAGAUUCAAGCAGCGGGGCGUCCUGUCUGAUCUUGAUGAGUCCAUCGAGCUCAAUCGGGCUGCACUACUCCUUCGUCCCCUCGGACAUCCUGAUCGAUCGUUGUCUCUCAACAAUCUUGCCGUCGGCCUUCGAGAAAGAUUCUUCACACAGCGGCGCGUCCCGUCUGACAUGGAUGAGUCCAUCGAGCUCAAUCGAGCUGCACUACUUCUUCGUCCCGUCGGUCAUCCUGAUCGACCGUUUUCUCUCCACCACCUUGCCGUCAGCCUUCGAGACAGAUCCAAGCAGCGGGGCGUCCUGUCUGAUCUUGAUGAAUCCAUCGAGCUCAAUCGGGCUGCACUACUCCUUUUGCCCUCAGGCCAUCCUCUUCGACCACAGUCUCUCAAUAAUCUCGCCGUCAACCUUGGAGAAAGAUUCACGCAGCGUGGCGUCCCGUCUGACCUUGAUGAGUCCAUCGAGCUCCAUCAGGCUGCACUACUCCUUCAUCCCCUCGGCCAUCCUGAUCGACCGUUUUCUCUCACCAGUCUUGCCGACAGCCUUCGAGACAGAUUCAAACACCGGGGCGUCCCGUCUGACCUUGAUGAGUCCAUCGAGCUCAAUCGGGCUGCACUCCUCCUUCGUCCCCUCGGUCAUUCUGAUCGAUCCCAGUCUCUCAACAGUCUUGCCAUCAGCGUUCGAGAAAGAUUCGCGCAGCGGGGCGUCCCGUCUGACCUUGAUGAGUCCAUCGAGCUCUUUCGGGCUGCAUUACUCCUUCUCCCCCCCGGUCAUUUUCUUCGAUGGUCGUCUUUCAACAAUCUCGCCGUCAGCCUUCACUACAGGUUCACGCUGCAUGGUGUCCCAUCUGACUUAGAUGAGUGCAUCGAGCUCAAUCGGACUGCACUACUCCUUUCCCCCCCGGGUCAUUCUGAUCGACCACUGUCUCUCAGCAAUCUCGCUUUCAGCCUUGGACAGAGAUUCACGCAGCGGGGUGUCCCGUCUGACCUUGAUGAGUGCAUCGAGCUCAAUCGGGCUGCACUACUCCUUUUCCCCUCCGGUCAUCCUGAUCGAUCACAGUCACUCGAUAAUCUCGCCGUCAGCCUCCGAGACAGAUUCAUGCAGCGGGGCAUCCUGUCUGACCUUGAUGAGUCCAUAGAGCUCCAUCGGGCUGCAUUACUCCUUUCCCCCCCCGGUCAUUCCAAUCAAUCAUUGUCUCUCAUCAAUCUCGCCCUCAGCCUUCAAGACAGAUUCAAAGAGCGGGGCAUCCCAUCUGACCUUGAUGAGUCCAUCGAGCUCCAUCGGGCUGCACUACUCCUUUCCCCUCCCGGUAAUUUCAAUCGAUCAACGUGUCUCAACAAUCUCGCCGCCAGCCUUCAAGACAGAUUCACGGACCGGGGCAUCCCGUCUGACCUCGAUGAGUGCAUCGAGCUCCAUCGGGCUGCACUACUCCUUUCCCCACACGGUCAUUCCAAUCGGUCAACGUGUCUGAACAAUCUCGCCGUCAGUCUUCAAGGCAGAUUCACAGAGCGGGGCAUCCCGUCUGAUCUUGAUGAGUGCAUCGAGCUCCAUCGGGCUGCACUACUCCUUUCCCCACCCGGUCAUUCCAAUCGAUCAUUGUCUCUCGGCAAUCUCGCCCUCACCCUUCGAGACAGAUUCACGGAGCGGAGCGUCCCGUCUGACCUCGAUGAAACAUUUAGCCUGUUCUUGCAACUCCCCCACACAUCCCAUGCAGUCUCUUGUAGCGAUCUUACUGUUGCUAAGUCAUGGGUCACCAUUGCCGAGGAGACAAACCAUGGUUCUGCAUUGGUUGCAUAUCAAACUGCAUUGAAAUUCCUAGAUCAGCAUGUCACGCUUUUGUCGUCUUCGUCACGUCAUUUCGAUGUCGUAAGGAUGGCCUCGGCAUCGCUUGCUGUGGAUGCUUUCUCGUGCAGCAUUCGUCAUGGCGCGCUGACAACUGCUGUGGAACUGGUGGAGCAAGGCCGUGCAGUAUUCUUGACCCAGUUGGCACGCUUAAGCUCACCAUUUGAUGAACUUUCCUUGCUUGGUGACACCGGCGCAGCCUUGGCGGAAGACUUCAAGCAGCUGAGCUUUCGCCUUCGUAGCGCAUUCGAUCAGUCUACUAAAGACCAGUCCCCACAAAUCCGACAACUGACCAUGCAAUGGAACGAUGUCCUCUCCCGCAUCCGCAUGCUCCCCAACUUGUCUCGGUUUCUCCUGCCUCCCCUGUUCUCUGACCUACAGAAGGCCGCUGAAGAAGGUCCUGUUAUCAUCGUCAAUGCUAGUCAGUACAGCUGUGACGCCUUGAUUGUCCUCUGUGACCAAAAUUCUGUCCACAUUCCAAUUGAUAUUACGCGGGCCGAAGUCACCGAAUUGUCCUCCGAUUUUCAGUCCGUCGCAGAGCAAUUUGGUUCUUCCGAUCGUCAAAACAAGCUUGUUGGCAUCCUCCGCAAGCUUUGGCGUCAUAUCGUUGACCCUGUGGUCCAAGCCCUUAAUAAGUCGAAUGUCCACCCUGGUUCGCGUAUCUGGUGGUGUCCCACCGCUGAAUUCACUCUGCUUCCUCUACAUGCCGCAGGACCCUACGAGAGAGAGAGAGACAACUUGUCACAGAUUUACGUCUCCUCUUAUACCCCCGCUUUAGCGACACUCGUUCGUGCAAGACAGCGCCUUUCUCAAUAUGCAUCUACUCAAUGCUUUGUUGCAAUUGGUCAAGGAAACCCGGAUAGAGGGAAAGCAUUGCGAUGCGUCGCUCCUGAAUUAGCCGCCAUAGCUCAGCGUCUCGCACCAAUCGUGUCGUCCUUCACGCCGCUCGAGGACAGUGACGCAACAGUGCAGGGUGUUCUCGAUGCGCUAAACCAUAACCAGUGGCUUCACCUGGCGUGCCACGGAAUGCCGAAUCGACAACGACCAUUUGAAUCCUCCUUCGCAAUGCGUGAUGGGCCGUUGAUGAUCAGGGACAUCAUCCGAUCGAACUGGGAGAACCCGGAGUUCGCAUUCUUAUCGGCUUGCCACACUACCGUGGGCGAUGAGAAGAGUCCCGACGAGUCGAUCCAUCUCGCUGCGGCGAUGCAAUUCUCCGGAUUUCGCAGUGUCAUAGGUUCUAUGUGGUCCGUCGACGACGAGGUUGCGCGGCAGGUUGUGUCUGCUUUCUACGACAAGCUGGUGGAUGAUUCAGGGAGAUUGGACUGCACGAGGGCUGCGGUGGCGUUGCACAAGGCAGUCAAGAAAUUGCGGGGCAAAAAUAUUCCACUGGAACAACAGAUCGUAUUUGUUCAUAUAGGUGUCUAGUUUGAGGCUCGUUCGCUAUUUUCUGUGAUUCUGAUCUCUUUCAUUCCCCGCUGUCCCACCAUUAUCUCCGUUAUUUAAAUCAUGUCUGCA